UCCCUACUCUUGUAAAUAGAAGUUUCUUGGACUGUUCUGGUUCUGUUGAUGCCUCAGCUCUAAGAUUGUGUCCAGACAGUGUUGCUCCUCUGUACCCCUUUUCAGUUGAGGCAGAUGGUAAUUGUGUUCCUCGCUCCUUCAGCGUGUUGGUGUUUGGUGACCAGGACCAUCACGUUGAGGUGCGAGUGAGGAUUAUUAUUGAGCAGGUUCUCAACAAGUCUAGGUAUUUGUGUCCUGAUCAAAACAAUCUUGAUUUUUUAUGUACUUUGUCUGAUCAUUAUUCUGAUGACGUUGUUUCAACAUACAGAUCUGAAGUUCUUGACAUUUGUCGUCUGGGAACAUACAUGGGUAUGUGGCAGUUAAAAGCUGUUGCAAACGUUUUUGCUGCCAGGGUUGUGUCCGUGUAUCCAGCCAUGGGACAACAGUGUUUUAGGGAGUUUUACAAUGUUCAGCUGGAUCCCGAUCUUUCAUGUAACAGUGCCAUUCUUCUCACUGUGUUUUGGUCUUCACUGAGAGAGGAUAUGAAUGAGUCUUACUGGGUGGCAAAUCAUGUUGUUCCUUUGUUACCUCUUGUAGUUUCAGAAAGUGUGGUUGAGCAUGUUACUUAAUACCUGUAUGUUGGCCUUUGUGUUUUUAUGUUUAAUGUAUGAUAUACUGCUUUUGGUUAGGUAUAUUAUUGGUGUUACUUGUUAAUACCUGUAUAUUUGGCCUUUGUGUUUUUAUGUAUUACAAUGUAUAAUAUUGAGGACGUUUCUUGUUAAUGCCUAAUGCUGGCCUCGGUGUGGUUGCAGUUAUUUGUUUAUUGCCCAAACUGUUUUAGGCCUGGCAUAAAGUACGAGUUUGUAGACUGCUUUUGGCUUAGAAUUUUUGAACUGUAGACUUUUUUUCAUCAUUCAGUGUUUCCAAUCUUGCGGCUCAGUGAAACAGUUCCUGUUUGUUGAAUCAGUAUGUGUGUGCUGUUCAAUUUGAUUUCAUUUCAUGUGACCGUGGGUCUCUAACUCUAAGUAUGCUAUGUUCUUUGUCCAACUUUUCAGGAGUAAUUCUAGAACUUUUGUAUUCUUAUCUUUUAGUUGAAGUUACCUCUUUGUGAGAGAUGUUUUCAACCCGUUUGUUGAAUCAGUAUGUGUGUACUGUUCAAUUUAUGUUUUGAUUUCAUUUCAUGUGACGAUAGGUCUCUAAGUAUCGGAUGUUCUUGAUCCAAGUUUGAGGAGUAAUUCUUGAACUUUUGUAUUCUUCUCUUUAAUAAAUGAGGAUUUGAUGACA